AUGGAGACACCAAAGGGGAACCAAAUGAACACUCCCUCCCCUAACUUAGAGGAUUCACCUGUGUUCAACUAUAUCAAUAAUUUAUCUCCUUUGAAGCCCCUUAAGUCUCUUAACAAUAUUCAGACGUUCAAUUCACUCAUCUUUUCAUCCCCUCCUCGUGUUUUCGCAUCACCCCAUGCUAGCUGUUUCAACUCAUUUGGCACAUCAAAGGCUAAGGUUUCUUCAGAAUAUGGAAAUGAUGUUUACUCAAGUGAUCUGGCUCUUGCAGAUUCUACUCAUGCGCAUCAUUGCUCAAGAGAAUUGUAUGAAAUUACCACCAAUAAUGAUGGGAUAAUGCACGUUGUUGAUUCAGUUGCUUCUGGUUCUGAACUUGAUAUCCAAGAUCAUUGUUUUGAGCCAAUAGCAGCCACAGUCACAGACCAUACACAUCAGGACAAUCUUGCCAAUGUUGCUUUGAUGAUGAGCAAUCCAAAUGCGAAGACAAAUGAUGAGCUUGUUUUGCACCAUGGUUCAUGGAUACGCUGUAUAGACUUUGAAGUGGCCAGUGAGCAAAGAAAUAAGAAUUCAAACACUACAUCACAGUAUGUUGAGAAGAAUGUUGCUAAUGAAAACCAUCUUCUUCUUCCUACGAAUUGCAAUGGGAAUUCACAAAGUUUCACUUUGCCAGAAAUUAGUUCACACUUGAACACACUUCCAAGCUUAAAAGAUUACAAAGGUGUCACUUCUUCCUUCAAUCUCUCUAUAAGCCAAGAACAUGAGCAUUCACAAUUGGUAACUCAAUCAUCCAAAAGAGAAUUGGAUCCACCAGAGAAUCAAGUUCAACCAGCAGAAGAAGAUUUCAAUCAGAACAGCUCCAACAAGAAAAGGCGAAAAAUGGAAGAAACUGAUCAGGGAUGCAAACGUUGCAAUUGCAAGAAAUCAAAAUGUUUGAAGCUUUUUUGUGAGUGCUUUGCUUCUGGUGUCUAUUGCUUAGAACCUUGUGGUUGUAAGGAUUGCUUCAACAAACCAAUUCAUGAAGAUACUCUUAUUCUAACUCGAAAGAAGAUUGAAUCUCAAAACCCAAAUGCAUUCGAUCCUAAAGUCAUUGGAACCGGGGAUGAUGAUCAGAAAAAUACUCCAGCAUCAGGUUCAGCUCGACAUAAAAGAGGAUGCAGCUGCAAGAAAUCACGUUGCUUGAAGAAAUAUUGUGAAUGUUUUCAGAAUUGUGUUGGUUGUUCUAUUAAUUGCAGAUGUAAAGGUUGCAAGAACACAUAUGGUAGAAAGAAUAUAAAGGAUGGUUCUCCUACAAUAGGAAUAGAAGCUGAUACAGAAGAACCACAAACAUGUGAAAAAAUGACAG